GUUCCUAGUUAACUUCGAUUUAUGUGCUAUGCCCAUGUACUAUUACACUACAAUAACGAUAUUUUGUCCAUUACACUCGACGGAUUUCGAGUUGUACGUUUAGCUAUCGAUUGAAAUGUUUGUUUGGUUGGUGGCUGAAGUAUCGCUACGGUUUUGUUUCUGAAUGUUUCCGUGCACCGCAUAAUAAUAUGCUGAGAGGUGUGCUGUUGUUUAGAGUUCGAUUGGUUUUGUUUUACGUAUGCGAAAUUGAAGCAAGGAAGCGUACAGAACAAUGCAUUAUACCCGAAAUAUGGCAAUUUAUAUCUGAGCGCUUCAGUCAAAUAAUUUCAGACGAGUUCUUUUGUUUUGGUGUCUUACUUUGACACAGUGAAAAAGAAUGGUAGGCUACGGUUAAAACGCUGACUUUGACGUUUGCAUAAGGAUUAACUGCACUUUUGGGUCAUGUUUUCGCUAAAUAGGUUACAGUUCCACUAUUUCCUCCCACAUCGUUGCACAGUUCACGAUCAGAUGAGUCACUGGAGAAGGCGUUUUGCCAGAUGGUCCGUAAACAAUUUGAUCCAAUGCUGUAGUGCCAAUUUUUUGUAGUUUUCAUCUCCGUCACUCUGCAGAUAUCUCCAAGAGGUCUAGUGAGAUCAAAUUUCAGAGCUUUAUCGUUGGCUAUAAUGCUACUCCUUAGCGGAAAUGUAUUCUGGAAAACUUGAUCAGCAUUUGUUUUCGCUACAAGUUCAUAAGGGAGCCGUAUGAGUUGGAAUACAGUACUGGAUUUCCAAGUGACCUGUCUGCCUUCAGCCGCCUGCAGCGGAGAUGCCCCGAGCGUAGAGAUCUCUAGGAACCCUCUGGACAGAGCUGACCAGCUGCGCCCUUCCAGUCGUGCGUCGGAACUUUGAAAGCCCUCCGAGGAAAUCGCUCAUUUUGGACACUGGCUGCUUCUGCACGCCUCGGGCCUCUUCUCUGAACUUGACCUUUUCACACACGUGAUGGAUACCUUGUAGCCUCUGAAGACUCAACAACACAUUCUCAAUUUCAACAAUGGCCUUUUAGCGUCUGUUCAUAUUGUACUAGUACUGACUUGGGGAACAGCCUCUCUGCCAAAAGGCUUGAGGACACUUUAAGGGGCAAUAUGUUGAAUCUUUAAAUUGUUUUUCUAAGUGACUAUCACUGUUUAACAAUACUCUACCAACGGCUCAUAGCAAAUACUGUUCCACAUAUCUAUUGUAAAAACGCAUCUAUUGCAAAUCUCAUUACUUUGCUUGCAAAAGUGCUGUGAUCUUGUGUUAGUGCAACAGUACCUCAUUUGCUAUCUGCUGUCCUAGUUUCUGUGACAUUGUGUGGAAACUAACAGUGCUCAUGUGUUGCCAACACAAACAACAGAACUAACAACCUUGUCAAAAAAAAUCCUUAUCUACCCCCAAGUGUUUGUGCUGCUAUUUUAUUGUGGCAAAAGACUCUGCUUGUCCCACGUUUGGAUGAUUUUCCCCACCUGUGGAAAGGCGUUAAUGUGUUUUCGCAGGUGAAUCAGACGUCUCACUUACCUUUUGGACUUGAGCUGACUCGUGGGGCUUGGUACACGUGUGCGUCAGUUGGCACCCGUGACCUCAUUCAUGCCCUUCCCUCCCAGAACGCUCUUGGUAGAUGGACUGUGUGCGCAGCGGCAGGAGCAGCAUGGCAGCAGCAGUGGCAGCCUCGCCACCUCUCUAGGUGUUCCCAGCGAACGGGAGCCCCGACCGGACAGUAUUGCCCCAGGAGUCUGGCACUCAGCCACUUACGUUCAUGGGAGUCCCUCCAGCUCCUCUCAAGACUGGACUUUGAGUUCAUCCUGCAGGCAGUGAGAACAACGCUACUGAACCGAGAUCAGUGCCACCUUCCCUCUUCUGAGUUGUGUAGCUUUGGCCUGACCCUUGCUGCGCCCUACUCUUCUGCCCCUUUGUUGUUUGUUGUUUUGUUUUGAUUUUUUUUGCCCCAAGCUUUUGCCCUGACCCUGCCUUGCCCUGGCGAGCGACGAUGAAUGUGCCCGGGGGCCGCCGUUGCCGGUGAGGAUGCACGCAGGGGGCGGCAUGACUGAGUGCAAGGCGGAGGUGACGCCGUCCACGCGCAACGGCCACCGUGUCUUCAGCUACACGCUGGAGAGCCACACCGGCGCCGCCUUCGCCAUCAUGAACGAGCUGCGCCUGGAGCGGCAGCUGUGCGACGUCACGCUGCGCGUCAAGUACAACGACCUGGAGGCCGUGGACUUCGUGGCGCACAAGGUGGUGCUGGCCUCGUCCUCGCCCGUGUUCCGCGCCAUGUUCACCAACGGCCUGAAGGAGUGUGGCAUGGAGGUGGUCCCCAUCGAAGGCAUCCAUCCACGGGUAAUGGAUCGUCUGAUCGAGUUUGCCUACACCGCCAGCAUCUCGGUGGGCGAGAAGUGUGUGAUCCACGUGAUGAACGGUGCCGUCAUGUACCAGAUCGACAGCGUGGUCAAGGCCUGCUGUGACUUCCUGGUUCAGCAGCUGGACCCCAGCAACGCCAUCGGCAUUGCCAACUUCGCCGAGCAGAUUGGAUGCACUGAGCUUCACCAGAAGGCCCGGGAGUACAUCUACAUGAACUUCAGCCAGGUGGCCACACAGGAGGAGUUCUUCAACCUGUCCCACUGCCAGCUGGUGACGCUGAUCAGCCGCGACGAGCUGAACGUGCGCUGCGAGUCGGAGGUGUUCCACGCGUGCGUGGCCUGGGUGCAGUACGACCGCACCAACCGCCGGCCGUUCGUGCAGGCGCUGCUGCAGGCCGUGCGCUGCCACUCGCUCACGCCGCACUUCCUGCAGCUGCAGCUGGAGUGCCACGAGUGGGACGCGCAGUGCAAGGACUACCUGGCGCAGAUCUUCCAGGACCUCACGCUGCACAAGCCUACCAAGUGCAUCCCGUGCCGCACGCCCAAGGUCCCGCAGCUCAUCUACACGGCGGGCGGCUACUUCCGCCAGUCGCUGAGCUACCUGGAGGCGUACAACCCGUGCUCGGGCGCCUGGCUGCGGCUGGCCGACCUGCAGGUGCCGCGCAGCGGCCUGGCGGCGUGCGUCAUCAGCGGGCUGUUCUACGCGGUGGGCGGCCGCAACAACGCGCCCGACGGCAACAUGGACUCCAACACGCUGGACUGCUACAACCCCAUGAACAACUGCUGGCUGCGUGUUUCAUGGCGUGCCCGGCGCAACGCGCUCGGCCGUGGGCGUCAUCGGCCCGGCAUGAUCGCCCCGUGGGGCGGCUCGCACGGCUGCAUCCACCACAACAGCGUGGAGAGGUACGACCCCGAGCGGGACACGUGGCACCUGGUGGCGCCCAUGCAGACGCGUCGCAUCGGGGUGGGCGUGGCGGUCAUCAACCGGCUGCUGUACGCAGUGGGCGGUUUCGACGGCACGCACCGGCUCAGCUCGUCCGAGUGCUACAACCCAGAGAAGGACGAGUGGAAGACCAUGGCCCCCAUGAACACUGUCAGGAGUGGGGCAGGCGUGUGUGCCAUGGGGAGCCACAUCUAUGUGAUGGGAGGCUACGACGGCACAAACCAGCUCAACACGGUGGAGCGAUAUGAGGUGGAGACGGACGCCUGGAGCUUCGUGUCGUCCAUGAGGCAUCGCAGGAGUGCCCUGGGCGUCACCACACACCUCGGGCGCAUCUACGUGCUGGGUGGUUAUGAUGGCAACACGUUUCUUGACAGCGUGGAGUGUUACGACCCAGAAACGGACACGUGGCUAGAGGUCACCAAGAUGACAUCGGGCCGGAGUGGCGUGGGCGUGGCCGUUACCAUGGAGCCCUGUCAAAAGGAGCUGAACCAGUGUCAGCAGAAGCAUUAGUGCCUCUUCCCACCCCACCCCUCCACCCCAAAAUCUCUCUCUCUCUCUCUCUCUCUCUCUCUCUCUCUCUCUCUCUUCUCUCUC